AUGAGAAUCCAUUUCGCCUUUGUAACAUACAAAAAACUCUCAAAGCAAUACCUGCAUCGUUUCGGUUAUCUGAAACAGCCCGGCGCCCAGCUUACACGAAUUUCGCGCUGGACUUCGAUUGUUCCAGGUAGGAUGGAAAGAGUAGUAGGCGUGGAGCCGACUGGUGAACUGACGCCCGAGACCGUGGAAGCCACCCAAAGAAACGUUUGCGCUCAGAAGGACACAAGGAAGGAUACUGGCAGAUCGAAACGAUUUGCUCUUUCCGGCACAUCAAAAUGGGACAAGAAACACUUUACUGGCCUGCACGAGCUGUCCCUCAAGUGCUCGACAAUCCAGAAGGCUUUCCAGCUUUGGGCCAAGCAGGCUAAUGACGAAACCUGCCUCAAGGUGACUUUCCACUUUGAAGAGGCCGCAUCACAAGACGAAGCUGACAUCAACAUUCUGUGGGCCGAAGGAGCUCAUGGGGAUCAGUACGAGUUCGAUGGCGCUUCGGCAAAGAAAAACAUCCUGGCGCAUACGUUCUUUCCCGGUCAUUCGGAACCGCUCAACGGUGACAUCCACUUCGACGAUGCCGAGACCUGGGAGACUGACCUGUCGGCGGCCACCAACCAUGAUCGUCGAUUUUUCCCAUACGUGCUGGCACACGAGAUCGGCCACGCGUUGGGUCUGCAACAUGCGAAGAAGCAGGAGGCCAUUAUGUAUCCGUACUACAAAAAUACUCCCUUGGAUGAGAUCAAACUCGACCUGGACGAUAAAUGCGCCAUUAACUGGAAUUACGGUAGUGAUCGUCGAUUUUUCCCAUACGUGCUGGCACACGAAUGGGCCACGCGUUUGGGUCUGCAACAUGCGAAGAAGCAGGAGGCCAUUAUGUAUCCGUACUACAAAAAUACUCCCUUGGAUGAGAUCAAACUCGACCUGGACGAUAAAUGCGCCAUUAACUGGAAUUACGUGGGAACAUCGAAGUUCUGCCUGUUCGUGUGGUUGAUGAGUGAGAUCGUGCCGAUCCACAACAAUUCCGAUCAAAUGGCGUCCAGCAAUCAUAUGAACAAUAGCCCGAAGCAACGAAUUAAAGCUGCAAAGCGAAUUUUAAAACAGACUAGAAUUCCACGAUGUCUUGCUUCGAACGAUAUUCAAUGGCUGAUAGAAGCAAAACUACAAAAAUUUCUACAUUUUCCUGCAGUGGAAUCAAAAACGUACAGUGAAGUGUUGUGUAAUUUUUUGUUGGGCUUGCACGCGUACAGAGGUAGCCCCGACUAUGUAUCUAGCGAUUCGCUUGAGAAAGAAUUCAAUGGAGUGAUGAAAGAGGUUUCCGAAUUUGGCCCAGUAUCAUCCGCUUCUGUUCGGCGAAUGGCGCGAGGAGCUUGGAGACGACUGGAACACGGUCGACCUUCCGUCCUAGAUCCUUCGUAUUUCGAUGACAAUUUCUUCAACAAAUUCCUUCCCGAGUAUUUACAAUUACAAUAG